UGUAUAUAUGAGGCGGCUCUGCGUGUCCCUGUUAUACCUCAGUCGUCCCAACCUAGGAAGAAAAGCUCCAAGGAAGACCGCCAAAUUGCAGCCACCACCAAAUCAGCGCCCAGGGAAAGAUGGCGUCUCCGGCUUACAGCAUCACCAGGAAAGAGAUCGAUGGGUUCUGGAGGAGGAAGGAGACGGAAGAGGAGGAGCGGCGCUUUGCCGCUGAGAAGGAUGCUGCGAGAACCAAGGCCAAGACGCUUAAGGUGGAAGAUUAUAUGCUGUUCGAGCAAAUGAUAAAGGAGAUUCUUGAGGAGGGAAACGAAGGAGACAAGGAAAGGAAGAUGGAGAGAGGAAUCAAGAAGAACAGAUGGACCGAGGCGCGGGUCGGCAUCAAGCACUGGUGGAAAAGAAGCACUUAUGCUUAUCUAAAUGAGCCAGCAGUGACAACAUCAAUGGAUGAGAACGGCAGAAGCAAACACGCCAUCGCGUAUACUCCACAAGAGAGAUGCGUGAAAGUUUGCUCGUUGAUUCCUGCUACGUUUGCCAUAUUCUAAUAAGUAUUCGUUCCAAGGAUAAACAUAUGACCAAAUCAGAAAAUGUGUACUGGUAUAUCCAUCCGUUGUUAUGAUAAGGGUGUAAUAAAUUAUGAUGUGUAUAAGUUUGACCGAGUGUUACUUAUGUAAUUAAGUGGAUAACCUGUUGUUGCUCCGCACUGUACAGAAUGCAGACCAUUUUCACUUC